AUGGGUGAAAAUCUUCCUCCUCCUGAGAGGCUCAUUGGUGACUACGGUGCUACAGACACACUGGGGGAAAGACAAACAAUUUUCAACCAACCGGUAAAUGCUGCCAACUUUCAACUGCAUCCAAGCACCAUUAAUCAGCUUGAAAGGGAACCUUUCACCGGAAAGGCUCAAGUUUUCAUUUUUACGACAGGAAGGAUGUCAAGGCAGCCCAUUCUGAUCAAGGAUCUGGUCAAGGGGAACCAAGUAUGGAAAAUGUGCAUUAGAGUAGUUGAUUUGUGGGUUGUUAUUGAAAAAAAUGGUCAACAACAUCUGGAAGCCGUGAUUCAAGAUGGACAGGGUGAUAAGAUCCAUGUCAUAACUCGGAGCAGGGACUUCCCAGAUUGGGUUGAAGCUGUCAAGGAGCAUGAGACGUAUAAUCUAUAUAACGGAGAGCCAGUUGAAAAUGAUGUUCCGCUGAAGGUGUGUUGUAACCCACUCAAGCUCAUAUUUAAUGGAGGCACUACCAUGACCAAAGUGGCUAUACCGGAAAUACCUGCUCAUAAAUACAGUUUUUUCCCUAUUGAGAAGUUCCUCAAGGGUGACUUCAAACAUGACAUGUUGUAUGAUGUUAUUGGUGUGCUGCAGGAUGUUUUAAAGACCCAGAUGGGAGGUGGGGGAAGAAAGUCUUGUGUUAAUGUCAAUAUACGUGAUGUUAUGGGGAAUGUCAUUGAGCUGGUGCUAUGGGAUGAUUAUGCCAAGCAGUUUGUCAACUACACUACCCCUAACAACUUUUCUGGUCCUACUUUAAUAGUUUUGACACAUGCAUGGUGCAAGCCAAAUACAGAUGCGUUACAUAUUACAUUUCAGUUUCCGGUUUACCGUGUCUUUCCAAUGCAUGGAGCGGCUCUAGGCUAUACUUUAACUUGGAUCAUCCAUAAGUUGAUCAGUACAAAGCAAGGUAAGAAGUUCUUAGGGAUCAGUUUUGGAGACAACAUGCCUGCCCCUUCCCAAUCAAUGACUUGUGAUUCAUCCAUUCAAUCUAGCAACAAUUUCUGGACUAAAUUGAGUGAGGUCAAGAGUGUCCGUGCAAUAUCUGAUUUAGGAAAGGACUGUUAUGCAACCACUAUUGGGACAACCAUAGGUUUUAAUGCCUCCAGGUUUGGAUGGUAUUUUGAAUCAACUGGAAACACAGAACCAGAACCCGUUACCAAAUUCAAACUGGAGGUUGAGGUGGAGUAUGAGAACCACAAGGGAAUCUUUGUUUUUUGGGAUAAGGAUUGCAUACCGUUUACUAAAUUGACUGCUAAGGAACUGCGAGAGGUUAUGAAAGCUGCUGGAGAGGAUAAUCCUAAAAUUUGGCCUACUCACCUUGAUGUUCUAUUGAAUAUGAAAUUGGUCUUUCGUAUCAAGUAUCAAGCACAAUACCAACGUUUCUCUAUCGUGAAGAUACUUAACGAAGACGGCCUUUACAAUAAGUUUCACAACUACCUCACACCAGAUGAGAAUACAACUAAUGAUGAAGUUGUAGAAAUGGACACCACUUCUCCAAAUCUUACUCCAAACCAAGUCACAAAGAUUUCUGAACCAUCAACUGGUGCUCAACCACCUUAUGCUAACCAUUCGGGAAGUCCUACUGCCAGCUCCAGCAGUACCCCUGCAAAGAGGAUUGCUACGUCGUCCUCAGUUAACGAUGCCAUCCAGUCUGAGGAGCUCACUCCUAAGCAAUCAGCCACCAAGCCCAAGACUGGAAAGAAGACAAAGCAUAUCAAGAAGGAAUAG